AUGGGAAAUUCUCAGGGAAAGCCGGUGGCUUGCAACGAUGCGGUCAACCUAAACCAUUUCCGCCUCCUUCGUGUGGUCGGCAAAGGUGCAUUCGGUAAAGUCCGCAUUGUCGAGCGCAAAGAUACCGGCCUCACGUUCGCGCUGAAGUAUAUUCGCAAGGAAGAGGUCGUUCGUUCGGAGAGUGUACGGAAUAUAAUUCGUGAACGAAGAAUGCUUGAGCAUCUGAAUCACCCAUUCCUUUGUAACUUGCGAUACAGUUUCCAAGAUAUGGAGUACAUUUACAUUGUGGUCGAUCUGAUGAAUGGUGGUGAUCUCCGCUUUCAUAUUUCACGGAAGUGCUUCACGGAGGAAGCAGUGCGGUUCUGGAUGGCCGAACUGGGUUGCGCCCUGAAGUAUAUUCAUUCGCAGGGUAUUAUUCAUCGAGACCUUAAGCCCGACAAUGUGCUGCUGGACUCGGAAGGCCAUGUCCACUUGGCUGAUUUUAAUGUGGCAUCCGAUUUUCGACCGGGAAAGCCUCUCACGAGCAAGUCUGGAACGUUGGCGUACCUAGCUCCCGAAGUAUACGAGGGCAGCGGUUACUAUUUCGAGGUCGAUUGGUGGUCGCUGGGUGUCACCUUCUACGAGUGCAUCUACAACAAGCGACCAUUCGAAGGCCGCAGUCAAGACACUCUGAGCGAAAACAUCAAGAAAGCCCAACCGAAGUACUACGUCACAAACCCGGCCGUGUCAGUUCCUUGUCUGCGAGCCAUGGGAGCAUUGAUGGAACGCGACCGAAGUCGCCGCAUCGGUGCCAUUGGAUUCGAAAGCUUCACCUCGCACAUCUUCUUCGCAGAUCUGGACUUCGCUGCUCUCGAGCGCAAAGAGAUUCCUCCUGUGUUCCGACCUUCCAGCGACAAGACGAACUUCGACGCGACGUACGAUCUGGAGGAGCUGCUUCUGGAGGAAGCACCCUUAGAGGCUCGGGCCCGGCGACAGAAGCCUCGCGCCGAGCUGCGUGAGGAUGCUACCGCCAAAGAAAUUCGCGAGGAUGAGCUGCACCGCUUGAUAGAAACAAUGUUCGAGCCUUUCGAUUAUACCACUGUCAGCUUUCAAGGCAAUGCUGCGGAAGCCAUUGCGGCUGCAACGCUCAGUAACCCCGAAGACAUCCUUCCCAUUGCGACUGCUACAACAACUAGUCACGCCCGCCACCCUUCCCACCCCGAAUCCCACGCGCACGCCUCAUCACCGCCGCGACAUGAGGCUCCCCUGCCUCCAAUUCCCCAACCGCAACAUGAGAACAAUCUGACUACGGUCAGUGAGAACCUCGAUCCAAAUGAUCCGCAUUCCCCUUACCCGCCUCCUUCUCCAUCAACCCGCGCAUCGGCGUCGCCUCCCCCUACCACCCCAUCUUUCCAUCGCCCACUGCCACCUACAUCUCGCCCGCGUGGAGCUACACGGAAGAUGAGCAAGGGAGGCGGCGUACAAAUGGUUCUCGAUGAAGCUGGAAGCUGGAGUGAACUCUCCAACCACAGCUCGACCCUCCCCGCUGAAGGCCUGGAGGGUUCCGAAGGCAAAGGUAAAGGUUCGAACAGCGGCAUGCUCUCGUUCCUCAGUCGCAAAAAGGGCCGCGAUCGCAGCCCCAAGCCUAGCGAGCCGGGUGUUCUCGGUAAGGAGGGCGCCAGACAGAUCAUCAGCAGCUGA